AUGGCCCAACGAGCCCAGCAGAUCGCCUCACACCUCAAUUACCCUUCCGGCCUGCUCGCGGGACAGGUUGCUAUUAUCACCGGUUCUGGCCAAGGUAUCGGCGCCGAAUGCGCCCGGCUCUUUGCCAACGAAGGAGCCAAGGUAGUCGUGUGCGAUGUUGACGGAGCCAAGGCCGAUGCCGUUGCCAAAGCCAUUAACGACGCCUCGCCGAACCGUGCCAUCAGUGUCCCUGGCGAUGUUACUGAUCCCAACUACUUCCCCGUCCUGGUCAAGAAAGCGGCCGAGUUCGGCAACGGCAAGAUCCACAUCAUCGUCAACAAUGCUGGAUACACAUGGGAUGGUGUAAUUCACAAAAUCACCGAUAAGCAAUGGGAUACUAUUCUCAAUGUGCACAACACUGCUCCCUUCAGAUUAGUUCGGCAAGCGGCACCGUAUUUCCGAGUCAAGGACGGCGAGAAGCGGGUGAUCAUCAACAUCAGCAGCACCAGUGGGACCCACGGAAAUGCAGGACAGGCCAACUACAGCUUGGCCAAGGCUGGAGUGACAGGGUUGACCAAGACAAUCGCCAAAGAAUGGGGCCCUCAGUUCGGCGUCCGCGCCAACACCAUUGCAUUUGGACACAUUGACACCCGUCUCACACGUGCAAAGGAGGCUGGAGCCUUUAUCACGACUGCCGAUGGCCAGCGUGUUGCCUUGGGUAUUCCCGGUGCCCAGCUCGCCGAUCGGAAAGGUCCUGCAGAGAAUGCGUACAAGGACAUUCCUCUCGGACGACCUGGGACUGCCACUGAAGCCGCGAGCAGUGUCCUGGCUGUCUGUAGUCCCCUGUUCGCCUAUGUCAAUGGGCAGACUAUUGAAGUCACGGGUGGACGAAACAUGUAG